UGGGGAUUCAGUUUAAAAAAAGAGGAAUUUUCAAAUUAAGUAAAAAGAAGGGUCUGCGGUCUAAACCUGUUAAGCGCCACUUUUUUCGAAAUUGAUUUUAUUGCAUUUUUUGAUAGUUCUAAAAUAUGCCGUUAAUAUGCCGUAAAGAAAACUCGAAAAUAUUGUUUAGUUUUUUUUCUAUUAAUUUUUGAAAAUCGCGUUUCGCUAUGAGCGGCAUCUGCGGUCUAAACCUGUUAUCGACACAUAGCGUCCUAUGGAGAAAACCUGUUUCUUCUCACAUCUGCUCGGUUAGUUCGUUCAAUAGAGCAAUAGGCCUGUUUUCAUUGUGUAGAAAGUGAGGUGUAUGUCUUGGUCGAAACUCUGUUGGACGCCAUCUUCAAAAAUAUUCGGCAGUUUCCGACAGUUUCGUCCGCUUGUGUUUAAGCAGACGAAGUUAAACCACGUGUCUCGACUUUACAAGGUAAUUAAACUUUUUCAAUAAACAAUAAUAAAAUUUUGCAAGUGGAUCUAAAAUGUACAUGUAAUUCCGAACAUUUUGAUGUAUUAAAACUGUUUGUAGCUUGUAUGAGAGCGGAGAAAAAUGCGCGAACGUGAAAAAAAUCGACGGCGUCAUUCCAAAGGUGAGGAAUACACUACGGCAAAGGGGAAGAAAAUCCAUGCGUUGAAAAAGCCUUCUGUCAAGUUGACAUGCAGGUGUAAAUGGAACUGCUCAGUUCUUUCUCAUAAACAACGGACGCUUCUCUUCAAUCAAUAUCGGUCAUUGGAUAGAAAUUCACAGCGAUCUUAUCUUUCUAAUCUCAUCGAUGUCGUUAACUCUCAGAGAUCGAGAACUUCGGGGCCUAGUCGACGUCAAGUUACAACCCUUUACCGACUCCGUGAUGAAGAGGGGACGGCUGUUUCUGUUUGUAAAAGUACUUUUCAAGACACUUUUGGACUUGGCAGAGGAGAAUUAGACGUCUUGCGAGAAAAAACGAAACUGGGAAAAGACAUUACGAAAGACAAACGCGGUGGCCGUUACAACGUCAAGUAUACCACUUCGGACCGUGACUUGAUUGUAGAUUUUAUUAAGUUGUUUCCAAGAGACACCAGUCAUUAUGGUCGAAAAGACUCCAACAAGGAAUACCUCAGCUCGGAUCUCUCUUACCAAAAGUUAUUCGAUGAAUUCACGCAGAAAAAUUCUGAGAAAGAAAUAUCUCUUGAAUAUUUCGUUCGCAUAUUCAAAGAAAAUUUCCCCAAUCUCAGUUUUCAUUCGCCUCGAGUAGACACCUGCAACACGUGCGACAAAACGGCUAUACGUGAACUGAGUUUACCCCAACUCUCGAAAGAAAAAAAAGCAGAUAUACGAAAAAUUUUAGACAUGCUGCCAGCAGACAAAAAAGCUUUUUUUGAAAAACUUUUGUAAAACUUACUUUUCUAUUUUAAUAUAUUUUUAAACUUUUUGUACAAAGAAUUUAUUAUUUUAUUUGUAUUAUUGGUAAUAGUAAAAAUAUAAUAUCCUAAAAUGUCCCGGAAAUGUUUUUUUUUAUUAAUUAAUAUUUAACUGUCAAAAGUAUCAAACUCUUCCAACGAUUGCACUAACUUUCAAAAAAGAAACAAAUUAGAACAUGGCGCAUAACAGGUUUAGACCGCAGGACCCCCCUGCUGAUAACAUAUGUAUAGCUUUAGAGUGUCGUACAAUCGUUAAUUUUAAAUUUAGAAAAUCGAAACUUUAGAAUAUCAUAGAUAUCCACUAACUGAACGAAAAACUCUUUGAAUUUAAAAGAAUUAACAACAACUGUAAAAAUGAAAACGUUUUUUCUCCAUCCUGAAAAAUUUGUGAAAUGGCGCUUAACAGGUUUAGACCGCAGACCCUUCUAUUGUAUUAUAGAGCUUAAAAUUUAUUUUGAAGAAUUUUUUACUUUUUCUUUUAACUUCAGCUUUUUUAAAUCAAAAUAUUUUUUUGUUAAACUUUUCCUGUUACUUAUUAAUAUUUUUAUCUUUUUGUAGUC